GCCAAUGGAAUGAAGAACCCAGCUGUGCUCAAUUGUAUUAUUCCCACUCUACCCCUAUCCCGUUUUGCCCCUACCAAAACUUUCUCCUCUACCCCCUCCGCCGCCGCCGCCGGGACCCUCGCAGCCCACUUCGCCCGCGCAGUCGACCGCACCUCCGUCUCCUCAUGGAACUCCGCAAUCGCCGAACUGGCGCGGGACGGCGACGCUACUUCCGCCCUCCGUGCCUUCUCCUCGCUCCGCCGCCUCCGCCUCACCCCCGACCGCUCCUCCUUCCCGCCAGCCCUUGCAGCCGCCGCCGAUCUUGAAGCACAUUCCUCUGGUCGCCAGCUCCACCUCAUUGCCUUCAGCCUAGGUCUCCAUCCGGACCUCUUCGUUGCCUCCUCCCUUGUCCACAUGUACGCUAAGUGCCGCCAUCCCAACGAUGCCCGCAAAGCGUUCGACGAAUCUCCCAACCCGAACGCCGUUCUUUGGACCGCCAUGAUCUCCGGCUACGUGAGCAACAAUGCCUCCCAUAAUGCCAUAUCGAUGUUUCGAAAGUUUUUGGCGGAGGAAGGGCCAGUGGAAGUGGACUCUGCCGCUGCUGUGUCUGUUUUGUCAGCUUGUGCGAGGCUUUCAGAGAAAUUGGCGGUUUUGGGUUUUCAUGGUUUGGUGCUGAAGCUUGGCUUGCAAGAUGUGGGAGUAUGGAAUACUUUGGUGGAUGCUUAUGCUAAAAGCCGGCAUUUGGGCUUGGCAAGGAAGGUGUUUGAUGAUAUGAUUGACAGGGAUGUAGUAUCUUGGAAUUCGAUUAUUGCUGUUUAUGCUCAGAUUGGAUUGUCCGCAGAGGCACUGAAUUUGUAUUCAGAUAUGGUGAGGGGUGGGACAGUGAAGCACAAUGCAGUGACCUUGUCGGCUGUGCUUCUUGCCUGUGCCCAUGCCGGGGCUCUUCAGAUUGGGAAGUUCAUCCAUGAUCAGUUGCUAAACUUGAUUCAGGUGAUCAGGAUGGGCUUAGAAGAUAAUGUGUAUGUGGGCACAUCGCUGGUUGACAUGUAUUGCAAAUGCGGUCGGGUUGAUGCUGCUAGAAGAGCAUUUAACAGAUUGGGUGAUGAAAAGAACAUAAAGUCAUGGUCAGCCAUGGUUGCUGGAUAUGGCAUGCACGGCCAUGGCCGGGAAGCUGUGAAUGUCUUUCAUGAAAUGAUUUCCUCUGGUGUCAAGCCAAACCAGAUCACUUUUGUUUCAGUUCUUGCUUCUUGCAGUCAUGCAGGGCUCAUCAACGAGGGCAGGCACUGGUUCAAAGCAAUGAGAAAAGAAUUCAAAAUUGAACCUGGUGUUGAGCACUACGGCUGCAUAGUGGACCUUCUUGGCCGUGCAGGCCAUCUGGAUGAAGCCUAUGGCCUGAUCAAACAAAUGAAGAUGAAGCCUGAUUGUGUGGUCUGGGGAGCUCUCCUUAGCUCAUGCAAGACUCAUAAAAAUGUCGAGCUCGGCGAAAUAUCUGCUCAUAAGUUGUUUGAACUCGACCCAAAAAACUGCGGGUACUAUGUUCUCUUGUCGAAUAUUUAUGCAAAUGCAGGAAGGUGGAAAGAUGUGGAAAGAAUGAGGGCUCUGAUGAAGAAAAGAGGAUUGGUGAAGCCGCCUGGAUACAGCUUAGUUGAGCUCAAGGGAACCCUCCACUGUUUCUUAGUUGGUGACAGGAGGCAUCCAAGGCAUGAAGAGAUCUACAAGUACUUGGAGGAGCUGACGGCGAGGAUGAUGGAAGCUGGAUAUCUUCCAGAUACUGGUUCAGUGUUGCAUGAUGUGGAUGAGGAAGAAAAGGAAACUGCUUUGAAAGUGCACAGUGAGAAAUUGGCGGUGGCGUUUGCUAUCAUCAGCACCUCGCCGGGGACUACCAUUAGAGUGAUCAAGAAUUUGAGGGUGUGUGGUGACUGUCACUCAGCGAUCAAAUUGAUUGCAAAGCUUGUUGGUAGGGAGAUCAUUCUCAGGGAUUCACAUCGCUUUCAUCAUUUUAGAGAUGGGAGUUGCUCCUGCAGUGAUUAUUGGUAAGUGCUCGGACUGGUUCUGCUCU